GUGGUGUUUGAAUGUGCUGCUGUCGUUUGUUGUUUCAAUUGGUGGGUUUUUUUAAGGCAAAACAAAUAAUACCAAUAUAAUAAUCAUAAUAAUAAUGAAAUGACGUACAUAUCUAUGAUCACCUCUAUAAUGUAGGCGUAUACAAAUUGCAACUUACGCUUUUUUCCCCGGGAUGAUAAUUGUUUUUUUUUUAACUCAACUUGUUGGCACUUUUACGGCUACCACAACAAUGCUUGACAUUACAUUACACACGGCUAUAAUACACAGUUUUAUACUAAAUCAUAACAUUCUUAAUGUGGAUCUUUCUUUGAGAAUAUUGUUAUUUUUGACAAAUAUGUAUAUUCUAUAAAGCUAUCCAAAAUACACAGAAUCACUGGACAAUGGACCACCCAUCAGAAGACAUAUCAUGGUGGGGGGGGGGUAGAAAUGUUUUUCCAAUGAAUUCGCGCUCUGUGAUGGUUUCGUAGGGGAGGUGGAUAAAUGGUGUUACCAUUGCAAAAUAUAUGUGCUCAUAAAAAGAGGCAACAAUUUUUUUGAGGGCGUGAUGAGCCAUCCUCUCAGACAACCUGAAGUAUAAGCUCUUUCGAGUGUUCACACCUAUUAUCAAAAUGUCUUAUAAAAGCCAGCUCUUGUAAAUGACCGCCUAUACAAAUGACGAGUUGUAUUUUUCCUGAUCCACUUCAAUACCACUAAGUUUGAUGAAGUCAAUGAUAGCCACUUUCAAUAGAUCACACUUAUCCCUUGGUAUAACCAGCGGUAGGCGAUUUCAAUACAUCACAUCUAUAGCCGGUAGCUGCUUUCAAUUGGUCAGCCCCAGCCCUUCAGUUUUACAAUACCAGCGGUCGUCGCCUCCAAUUGUUGAUCCCACCAAUUAUCACAUCGUCAUACAAACAUGAACAAAAGUAUAGUAGUCACCAAUGACCCUGCGCACAGCGGAUUAGGCGUGUUCCUUUCUGUUCAAUUUGAAAACCACUCAGUUUUAUGGCACAUGCCUGGAAGUGCUAAAUAACAGACGGUGUUCUUCAAGGCCCUUUUACUACCUCGGUCAAUUUGUAUAGGCGACUCCAAAAUUGGCAACUAUGAUCGUGACUUUUAUAAGGUUUCCAGGCAGGCUACAGACGUCCAACUUUUGCUAAAUCCAUUUCAAUAUUUUAUUGUCAUAAUCAAAAACAAUAAGUACUUGCCAAAAGUGCGUCAUUUGAUUGAAUUGCCUGUUUGCUUUUUACUCUGCACAACUCAUUGACCAGUGGCCGUGCUAGCCGCUUCACUAUUUGUUCUUUGGGUUAUUGAGUUAUGUCAUACGGUCCAAUCUUCAAUGGACAAGGAAGAGCAAAGAACAACAUCAGUAAACUUAGCAGGAAGUUCAGCGCACCGCCUGCUUUUAUCCUGUAUUUCUUGAAAGGAUGCGGGCGUUCCAGAAGAAUGCAUCCCUUUUUCAGCGAGAUAACCAAACACAUGCAAUCAAUGAUCGCAUUGGAAAGUUGUCACAAACAACAUAGCAAGUAAUUCAACAAUCAAUGUGAUUUUCAAGAGAAACGUCCAACGAGGACUAAAACGUACAACACUUCACCCGAGUCUUAGCUCAAUGGCUUCACAAUAAUGUGGUCAAAUCACUGGAGCGAAACUUAUUAUGCAAGAAGGACAUUGGCAUUUACAUUUCAGAACUACGUGGAGUGCGAAAGAAGUCUCAUACCUCAUUUUAAUUGUUAAGUAAAUAAUAAAGGUUAAAAUAAAUUUCUCAAUCAUGUCAUCAUUGUGAUCUGAAACUCAAUUUCAAAUUUGAUCGUAUAUCUGACAAAGAGUGUUCGAGCUUUGACUGAAACGAAUUAGAAAUGACUCCAAAUCAAGCAGUAAGCAACGAUUUCUCCGCUUUUUUCAAUAUAUUGAAAUAUUCUGUUAACAGAAAUUAAUUUGAAUUAUUUUAUAACAUAAAUUGUAUAAUGAUUUUGCUUAUGUUUGUUUUUCACAGAAUCGACCUUUGGUUGUUAAUAGGUGUGAUCAAUUGUAAGCGGCUAGCGCUUUGCAAUGGUAACACGUAGCUGCAAUGAAACCGUGCAAAUGUUUUUGUAGUUGCUGACGGAAAAUAUACGGAUAAUUUGAUCAACAUUCUGAUUGAGAAUUCCACAUCUGAAUCAUAUGACUUUUUUUCAUGUGCCACUACAAUGCGUCCUUUUGGGGAUGGCGUCCAAAUUAUGGGUUUUUUUUAUUUUCCUCAUUGCAGUACUACUCACUUGGUAUUGCAUUUUUCUCACAAAUAGUAUGGGUCUUCACGAGAAGGAUUAAUGGCUGUGUGUUGGAUGUGGUCUAAACCUUGGCAAAAGUUCCACUUUCAAGCGUGCCCGUUAACGAUUGUGAUGAGGACGUGUAACACUGUUAUGAAAGGGUUGGCUUUCUCGCAGUAGCAUUUACAAAUCAAUGGACCGAGGUAUAGUACACAGACUUUAAAGAACACCGCCAUGUAGCGCUCACAGACAUGUUUUGAUGCCGUAAAAUAAUUGUUUUGGCAAAGUGAAUAGGCAGCGUACAGCACAUCGAAAAUGCCAAGUGCGCGCAAGAUAGUGGGAUUAAUUGGAACCGGCAAUCAAUGGCGUCAUAAAACCGAGAGGUAUUGAAAACGAACACAAAGAACACGUUUCGUCAGCUGAACAACCGGUAAUAGAUAAGUGCUUGUUGUGUAAUGUUUGCUAGACAAUGUGUUCAUUGGUGUGAUCCAUUGAAAACAGCUGACAGUGGUUUGGGAUAUGAAUGGUUAAUUUAAGUAGGCUCUAGGUGAGUUAUGGUGAAGGUUCAGUUGCUACGUGACUCGUACGAAAAAAAGUAAUAGUCAUAUUGAUGGAGGUGCUUGCAACGGUAGAUAGUGAAAUAAAUAUUGUAGGCGACUGUAGUUCAUAUAAUGAGUAAGUUCGUAAGAAAAUGCAAUGUUGGAAUACAGCAUGGAUGUUCUCCGAGCACACAAUCCAAAGGCACCCAAGUUGAGAAGCCUUCCUCCUCAUAUCACGGAAAAAGUGAUGACAAUAGAGAUGCCUUCCUGACUUAUGAUAGACUUUGCAGAGAAGUACUGUGCAGCCAAGAUGCCAUCAUCUCAUGGUGUCAGGACAUUGGACUCAUCGCCAAGGCUAUGCCUUGUCCUACGUGCGGAGAAUGCAUGGCCAUUGUUGAGACAAACGACAGAGCAGACCAUAUGAAGUGGGAAUGCCGGAGGCAAAUCGGUCGCAAGAGACAUCGCUGCGAGAAAUCAAUAAGGAGUGGAAGUUGGUUUGCUCAAAGCAACCUAUCGCUGGAAGAAACCCUCAAAUUUACUUACUGGUGGUGUUGCGAUCUGAAACAAGAUCAAAUUCGCCAACAACUACAACUGGGCAAACACACGGCUGUAGAUUGGGACAUGUUCUGUCGAGAGACGUGCGAAGUGGUCAUGAUGCAGGCGGACAAGAAGAAGGUCGGAGGAGAGGGGAAACGGGUUCAAAUAGACGAGAGCAAAAUCGGGAAGCGAAAAUACUACCGGGGACAUCAGGUUGAAGGGCAGUGGGUGUUUGGCGGCAUCGAGGAAGACUCCAGGGAAUGCUUCAUCGUGACUGUGGAACAUAGAGACGAAGCAACCUUGCUCCCUUUAAUCCAGGAAUGGAUUGCGCCAGGAACAACCAUAAUUUCGGAUUGCUGGAAAGCAUAUAUUAACUUGCCUAAGUACGGAUACACCCAUGAGACUGUUAAUCACUCCAAGGAGUUCGUCAACAAAGACGGCAGUCACACCAACAAGAUCGAGGGGCAUUGGCGACAAAUGAAAACCAACCUAUCAACGCACGGACGCCGUAAGCAUCACUACGCAAGUUACCUGGCCGAGUUUCUGUACCGGUACAAGCACAAGGACAGUGACAUUUUUAAGGCGUUCAUUCAUGACGUGGUCAAGGUAUAUAACCCACAUUAGAAUGAAUAAAACAGAAGACUUGCUUUGAUGUGAUAAAGUAUUUCAAAUGAAAUUAAUAUUCUUGCAUUCUUCAGCAUAUUUUUGCAUAACUAAUCGUAUUUUCAACCUGUUCACUUGCAUUGUUGCAGCUAAAACUGACGUUCUUAUUUCAUCGUAAGAACUUUCUUGUGAACCCAAGUCCAUUUACUUUUCAUAAGCUGUUUCAGAUUCAUCGUCUUCAUUUUCACCCAGUGAAUAUACUCACAUUCUUGAGGGUUUUUUCCGGCAUUUUUGCAAUUUUCUUUAUUUUAUGCAGGCCGUCGGGAAAAAUAACAAACAAUUAAUAACA